AUGGCAUCCACGGAAGGUGCCAACAACAUGCCCAAGCAGGUCGAAGUGCGGAUGCCCCAGAGCCACCUCAGCUCGGAGGAGCCGCCCAAGCACCGGAACCUGGGGCUGCGGCUGUGCAGCAAGCUGGGGAAGAACCUGCUGCUCACUCUGACGGUGUUUGGUGUCAUCCUGGGGGCAGUAAGUGGAGGGCUUCUCCGCCUGGCAUCUCCAAUCCAUCCUGAUGUGGUUAUGCUAAUAGCCUUCCCAGGGGAUAUACUCAUGAGGAUGCUAAAAAUGCUCAUCCUCCCUCUCAUCAUCUCCAGUUUAAUCACAGGGUUGUCAGGCCUGGAUGCUAAAGCCAGUGGGCGCCUGGGCACGAGAGCCAUGGUGUAUUACAUGUCCACCACCAUCAUCGCUGCGGUCCUGGGUGUCAUCUUGGUCUUGGCUAUCCACCCAGGGAACCCCAAACUUAAGAAGCAGCUGGGGCCUGGGAAGAAGAAUGACGAAGUGUCCAGCCUGGAUGCCUUUCUGGACCUCAUUCGAAAUCUCUUCCCUGAAAAUCUUGUCCAAGCCUGUUUUCAACAGAUUCAAACAGUGACCAAGAAAGUCCUGGAGGCCCCAGAGUCAGAAGAAGAGAGCAACGUCACCACCGCUGUGGUCUCCCUGCUGACUGAGACUGCGACAGAGGCACCGGAGGAGAUGAAGAUGGUGAUCAAGAAGGGUCUGGAGUUCAAGGACGGCAUGAAUGUCUUAGGUCUGAUAGGGUUUUUCAUUGCUUUCGGCAUCGCCAUGGGAAAGAUGGGUGAGCAAGCCAAGCUGAUGGUGGAAUUCUUCAGCAUUUUGAAUGAGAUUGUAAUGAAGUUAGUGAUCAUGAUCAUGUGGUACUCCCCGCUGGGUAUUGCCUGCUUAAUCUGUGGGAAGAUCAUUGCCAUCAAGGACUUAGAAGUGGUUGCUCGGCAACUGGGGAUGUACAUGGUCACGGUGAUUGUGGGCCUUAUCAUCCAUGGGGGCAUCUUUCUCCCCUUGAUUUAUUUUCUAGUGACCAGGAAAAACCCUUUCACCUUUUUUGCUGGCAUUUUCCAAGCUUGGAUCACUGCCCUGGGCACCGCUUCCAGUGCUGGAACUUUGCCUGUCACCUUCCGUUGCCUGGAAGAUAACCUGGGGAUUGAUAAGCGUGUGACCAGAUUCGUCCUCCCAGUUGGAGCAACCAUUAACAUGGACGGCACAGCCCUGUAUGAAGCAGUGGCUGCCAUCUUUAUUGCCCAGAUGAAUGGUGUUGUCUUGGAUGGAGGCCAGAUUGUGACUGUGAGCCUCACGGCCACACUGGCAAGCGUCGGUGCAGCCAGUAUCCCCAGUGCUGGGCUGGUCACCAUGCUCCUCAUUCUGACAGCCGUGGGCCUGCCAACGGAAGACAUAAGCCUGCUGGUGGCUGUGGACUGGCUGCUGGAUAGGAUGAGAACAUCCGUCAAUGUUGUAGGUGACUCUUUUGGGGCUGGGAUUGUCUAUCACCUCUCCAAGUCUGAGCUGGAUACCAUUGACUCCCAGCACCGAGCGCAUGAAGACAUUGAAAUGACCAAGACUCAGUCCAUUUAUGAUGACAUGAAGAACCAUAGGGAAAGCAACUCUAACCAAUGUGUCUAUGCCGCACACAACUCUGUCGUAGUAGAUGAGUGCAAGGUGACUCUGGCAGCCAACGGGAAGUCAGCAGAUGGCAGUGUUGAGGAAGAACCUUGGAAACGUGAAAAAUAA